UGAACCAUCUUGCUUAACAACACAAUGUUUACCAGAUUCUUUUUUUGGUCUCUUUUCCAGACUGUUCCCCUGAAUGUGGAUAAAGAGAGCAGAGAGCUGAUGACGAGCGUCCUGGUCGACCAACGGCUGACUGAGCUGCAGCUGAAGGGUGUGGCCUGGCUGGCAGGGCUGACCACAUUAGGACUGGCACAGAGAUCCCCGGACUGCAGGAACCACCAGCUACCCUGUCCAUAGAGUUGGAUAGAAGGCACACUUUCCCUCAAUGGCGCUUCCCAUGCUGUCACAGAAGUGGUCAUGGCAAAGAUUGAUGAGCUCUCUAGUACAUAUCUAUGACCCUGUCCCAUCAGUGUGUCCAAAUGAAAAUGUAAUUAAAAUAGAUGAUCCUAUCAUGGAUAUAACGUAUGAGAAAUGUAUUUGAAAACGGUUCCUAUUAUAACACAUCAAUCUUCUAUCUCUUUCAUUAAAUCAAUUAAUCCUAACUUACACUAAGUAAAAUAUUAACUUAGUCAUGUGAUGUCAAUGGGAGACUCAGUGAAAAUUCGACUUAAGUGGAAGUUAGGAUUCGCUCCUAUAUAAUCAUAUAAUUUAUGACCAUUGAACCCUGUGCCCCUCAGGGCUGCCUUGGCUGCGACCUCUAACCUCUAUGAUAGUGUGGACAACGCCCUCCACCGCCUCGUACAUGUGUCCAAUCACAGAGGCAGCGACCUGGAAGCCCUCGGCCGAUUGGCUGCCAUGGUGGACAAACUGGAAAAACAAGCUCUAUCUAUUAUGGUGUAGGAUGCUGAGUUCAGGGAAGCAGUACGUGGCCGUGUUAACAGGUGUGGAGGAGACCUACCUGCCCCUCUUGGAGGGUCCAGACACCCCGUCCUCCCUCCGGGGGGAAGCAGACCUCCUUUUCCACAACUUGGCCAGCUUCAGCGCCUUCCACUCGCAGUACCUCCUCCCAGCCAUGGAGGGAGCUCUACUGCAGAGUCUGCUGAAACAGGACCUCUUCAGUAAACAUAGUUUCUCCAGUACUCUCACUACAUAUAGUAAGGACCAAACCAGAAGUGGACUCCUUGUUAGUCACUUAGGCUGCAGACUUCUUCAAGCUCAGACUCCCUGCCACCCCUCCUCUCUCCCUCCUGUCCUUCCCCCAUUGUCUCCAGGCCCCUACACAGACUGGAACAGUACUGUGUGUUAUGCUGACACAGGCCCAGGGCCACGGUCCGUGGCGGAGCGCGGAGAGCUGGUGCGUCACAGGUGGUGGGGGACCAGGAGGAAGAAGACCGGGCCUGGCAGAGCGCCUGGGCUGGCCCGCCCCGGGGCGUGGACCGGCAUGCCCGCACAGCGCGGGUCGCGCGCCAACGCUUCUCCGCCUGCCGCGCGCGCAACAGCGCGGUGA